AUGCCACGCGAGCCGUUUCCUCUUCAGGGAGGCCGCCUUCUGGCGGCGCCGCCGCCGCCACCUGCAGCUUGUGCUGUGAAACGCCGCCUAGUUUGCUUCUCGGAGAGAAAUUGCGGCCACUUCUCUGGGAGUGAACAGUCUUCCCCUUCUCCUCUCGCAGCUGUGGCCUAUGAUUUCGUCAGACUCAUCUCUGCAUCCGCUAAAUCCUCCUCGCCAUCGGCGGCCGUCGCGGUCCACUCCACCGUCGUGAAGCUGGGCCUUCUCUCCAAUAUAUUCAUCACCAGCGCCCUCGUCGAUUCUUACUGCAAGUCGAAGAGAAUGGCUGACGCCCACCAGUUCUUUGGCGAAAUGACUUCGCGGAAUGUCGUCGCCUGAAACUCCCUGAUCCGCGGGAUCUCCUGCCAUCUCCAUGAGACUCUUCGUGGAGAUGAUCGCGGCGGGUGUCUCUCCGAGCCCAUUCACCGUCUCCAGCGUUCUUCUCGCCGGCUCCUCCCUGGGGUACGAGGCGACGGGAGCCAUGGUACACUACGUAGCCGUCAAGCACGGGUUUUGCUCCAACGUUGUCGUGGCGACUUCUCUGGUGGACAUGUACUCUAAAUGCUCCGUCACCAUGGCUGAUUCACGGAAGCUGUUCGAUGAAACGUGUGAGAGGAAUUUGGUCAGCUGGACCUCCCUGAUCACUGGUUACAGCGCGCACCAGAGACUCGAAGAGGCCAUGGUGUCGCUGAACAAGAUGAGGCUUGCGGGCGUUGCACCCAAUGAGGUGACCUUCAGCGGCCUCCUGAGUUCCUUUACGGGACGCGACGGCCUGGACUCGGGCAGGCAGAUUCACUCCCUGGCGAUCAGGCAGGGCACGGAAGCUGAUACCUAUGUCUCCGCGGCGCUGAUAAAUAUGUACUCCAGAUGUGACAGCUCAGAGGAUUACUUCAAGCUUCUUGAUGCUGAUCUGUCCGGGGAUCAGGUACUGCAGAAUUCGAUCAUUUCAGGCUUCCCCCACCUGGGAAAUUUGGCGGAAGCCAUAGGGCAGUUCAUCAGAAUGAGGCGUGGAUCCAUGGACGCCGACUUCUAUACCUUCGCCAGCCUCCUGUGGGCUGCCGGCUGCAGUUCAGCACUGGAAGAAGGGAAGCAGGCCCAUGCGCUGGUUAUCAGAACUGGGUGCUCUUCGAGCAACUACGUUCAAAACGGACUUGUAGCCAUGUACGCCAGGUGCGGUGCGAUCGAUGACUCGAAGCGCGCCUUCUCCGCCAUUUGCAGCCCCGAUCUGGUCUCCUGGAAUUCUAUCAUCUCCGGCUUCGCCUGGCACGGGCAUGCGCGCCAUGCGUUGGAGCUCUUUCAGAGAAUGCGGAGCCACGGAGUUGAGCCGGACGAGACCACCUAUCUGUCAUACUCUCUGCUUGCGCCCAUGUCGGGCUUGUUGACGAGGACGUCCGGUGUUUCAACCUGAUGAUCGAGGGAGCAGACCGGGGGAGGAGUCCUACAAUGUAACAUUACUCCUCAUUGGUUGACCUUCUCGGUCGGGCGGGCUAUCUAAAGCAAGCGGAAUCAGUGGUCAACGCUUUCCCCGUGGAGCCCGAGCCUUCAAUCUACCGGUCGCUGCUCAGUGCGUGCAAGGUCCAUGGGGAUAUGCAGAUGGCAGCGCGCGCGGCGAGGCGUCUUCUUGAGCUCUGUCCUCAUGAUUCGUCUAGCUACGUGAUGCUUUCGAACGUGUUUGCAGAAAUGCGUCCGUGGGGUCGUUUCUGCAGUGCUCCGGAAGCAGAUGGCAGUCAGAGGUCUCAAGGACCCCGGGUGGAGUUGGGUCGAGGAAUGACCAGGCGAUCGAAUAGUCAUGAUGUGAAUUAUGUAGGUUUGAUGACAUCAGUGCCCUCAAGAAGUAGAUGUAAUCGUUAA